GUGCACGUAGACCACACUAUUCUCUCUUCAUUAAAAUCCACUCUCCUAAUUCAUGAAAUCCCACAAUCAUCCGAUCAAACAAUUAUGGCGCCCUUUCCACUCUCUUUGAUUUUUGGAAAGAAUAAACGUCCUCGCGACGACAUACGAUACCGACAAAAGCCGACGCUUAAGGGUGUUAUGACAGCUUUUUUUGCUACUCAAGCUGCAAUAUUCCUCUUGUUGCUGGCCGGUCUAUCUCUAACCGGCACAGCCGUGGCACUAAUCGCCUCCAUGCCGGUAUUCCUCGUUUUGAGCCCGGUUCUUGUACCCGCGGGUAUUACCACCACUAUUCUUGCUUCGUGUUUAAUGGCCGGAGGUACCUCUGGUGUGACGGGUCUCACCAUCUUAAUGUGGCUCUACAAGCAAUUUACGGGUAAAGACCUGCCAAAAAUUCCAGGAUUGAAUCCGGGCGGUGGAGCUGCAGCGGGUGGAGCUGCCCCUGCCCCAGCUGCCCCAGCAGCAAAACCAGCAGCUAAACCGGCAGCUAAGCCGGCAGCUAAACCGGGCGGAUGAAAAUAAUUCAAGGACAUAGACAAUUUGAUAUAUAAUCUUUGAAAUUCCAUAAAGUAAAGAUAAUUAC